AUAGCCCAUAAUCAAAGUGGGGGUGGGUGGGGCAGAAAUCGAGCUCCCGCUAUUGGAAGAAGGGGUAUUUAGAUAUAUUAUUUAGAAUUUUCCUGUGAGGCGGGUCCUGUGGCCAGACUGAAACGGUGGAAUGGGGGCGGGGAUUGGCGAGCAAAGUGACUCGACCCGGCAAACCCAGCCUGGCAGGAAAGCCCGAGGUCUGGGCGAACAGGGCCGCGCGCCCUAGGUGGUUUAACUUCGUAAGGAAAGACUCCGCAGGCCGGCUCUUCAGUGCGCAGCUUGCUCGCCUGCGGGUUACUGGGUUUUCUGACCCCUGACUCGAAGUAGGGGUUAUGGGGCUGUGGGGCUGCCGACCUCGUCCCCGACUGUAUUGGGCGUUGGCGGCGAGUCCGCGAACACUGCGCAUGCGCGAGCCGGAAGCUGCCGCCCGCGGCGGAAGGGGCGGACCCGGGAGACUGACGACUUGGAUUGCUUAAGGACGCUAGGCGGGCGCGACAGCCUUCAGCCUCUCCCUCUGCAGUUUUGGCCGGUUCCUUUAACUUGCGUUCAUUUGGGGCUGUUUGGUGUUUCCACGUGCCUUGGGCCCGCCCACUGCAGCCGCCAUCUUGGAAGCGGACGCCGGCGCCUAGAUUGAGCAUUUCCACAGAAAUUACAGUUUUGUCCUUUUUGAAAAAAUAGAACUGUGUUUCAGAAAAAAGAAACUACAGUUUUAGCAUGCAGAAAGGAAAAGGGAGAACAAGCCGGAUCAGAAGACGAAAACUCUGCAGAAGUUCUGAAUCAAGAGGAGUGAAUGAGAGCCACAAGUCUGAAUUUAUAGAGCUGAGGAAGUGGCUGAAAGCUAGGAAGUUUCAAGAUUCAAACUUAGCACCUGCAUGUUUUCCAGGUACAGGAAGAGGGCUGAUGAGUCAAACAUCCCUGCAGGAGGGACAGAUGAUCAUUUCGUUGCCUGAGAGUUGCCUGCUCACCACGGACACAGUGAUUCGAAGCUACUUAGGGGCAUACAUUACUAAGUGGAAGCCUCCUCCAUCUCCUCUGCUGGCGCUGUGCACCUUUUUAGUUUCAGAAAAGCAUGCUGGGCGCCGAUCUCUUUGGAAGCCUUACCUGGAGAUUUUACCCAAGGCGUAUACCUGCCCUGUUUGUUUGGAGCCGGAAGUGGUGAACCUUCUUCCCAAAUCUUUAAAAGCAAAGGCUGAAGAGCAGAGAGCCCACGUGCAGGAGUUCUUUGCUUCCUCCAGAGACUUUUUCUCUUCUCUGCAGCCUCUGUUUGCGGAGGCUGUUGACAGCAUCUUCAGCUACAGUGCCCUGCUGUGGGCUUGGUGCACCGUCAACACCAGAGCCGUGUACCUGAGGCCCAGGCAGCGGGAAUGCCUUUCUGCGGAGCCGGACACCUGUGCACUCGCUCCGUACCUGGACCUGCUGAAUCAUAGCCCACAUGUCCAGGUAAAAGCAGCAUUUAAUGAAGAAACUCACUCUUACGAAAUUAGAACGACUUCACGUUGGAGAAAGCAUGAAGAGGUGUUCAUCUGUUACGGCCCUCACGAUAAUCAACGGCUGUUCCUGGAAUACGGAUUUGUUUCCGUCCAUAAUCCUCAUGCUUGUGUUUAUGUCUCAAGAGAAAUACUUGUUAAAUAUCUUCCAUCAACAGAUAAACAGAUGGACAAAAAGAUUUCUAUUUUAAAGGAUCAUGGCUAUAUAGAAAAUUUGACAUUUGGAUGGGAUGGACCAUCUUGGAGGCUACUCACAGCCCUUAAGUUGUUAUGUCUGGAAGCUGAGAAAUUUACAUGCUGGAAAAAAGUACUUCUUGGGGAGGUAAUUUCAGAUACGAAUGAGAAGACAACUUUGGACAUAGCCCAGAAAAUAUGCUAUUAUUUCAUAGAAGAGACUAAUGCUGUGCUUCAAAAGGUGUCUCAUAUGAAGGAUGAAAAAGAGGCCCUGUUAAACCAGCUAACUUUGGUGGAAUCCUUGUGGACGGAAGAGCUAAAGAUUCUCAGGGCAUCUGCUGAGACCCUGCACAGUUUGCAAACAGCUUUUACCUGAUUUCACCGAAGCGCAUUUGGUCACCUCCUCUGAAACAAAAGUUAAUUUUGAAGAGCGUCAUCGUGGGCUGGGGUGGUGGCUGCCCCCAGGACAUGCAGGAUUUCUGCAGGGGGCAGCACAGGUUCUGGGAUUGUGAGGCUGUGAGUGAAGGUGAACAAGCUGUCUGGAUGGCAGGUCUAAUGCUCUUCUGAAUAAAGUGCUGAACUGUGAGGAGAGAGGCGGACUGUGAGGCAGCCAGGAGCCAGCUGCGUCCGUGUGUGGUCUGUCACCACGGGGCCUGCUUCUUAUCUGACACAGCAGCUAUCAGAGUCCAGUGGUUGUGCUUUUAAGAUGCUCUGAUACCAUUCGGUUAAGGGGCAGAUUGGCGGUGGGUGUGGGGCAGUGUGAGGUAGUCCUGGGUCCCCGCCAGGGUGGCCCAGCCGCCAGCCCUUCCCUGUGUGGCUGCACUGAGGUGGGUGUUGAAGAGCCCCCUAGGGGACACACGGCUUCCGGGAGGAGGGAAUGUCCUCUAAGCAUGCUCCUGGCCUCUCAAGGUGGCACUUGUCUCAUUAUUCACUUGGGAAGAAUGACUGGCUCAGCCAGCGGCUCUUUCUGCUUUGUUCUGGCGACUUUCCUGGGCAGGCCUUUCCACCUGGGGAGCUGGCUCAUCCUGCACAGCUGGGCCGUGGUGGGCCUGUCUGCUUGAUUCUGGGGUUCAGUGUAGGUCAGCUGAUGGCAAACCAUGGUGGUGGUUUGGCCUCUGUUCUUAUUCUUGAGUUUUGAUACCGCGCAGACCUUGGGUGGGGAGAGCUUCCUGCAGAGCUCUCAGCGGCCUGUGGCCUUGGGACUGCCUGCGUAAGUAACGGAGGGGCUGCUGGUCCUGUUCAGGCCCGUGCUGGGAAUGCCGCUUAGACAACGUUGCCCAGAGUCCUGUUUACCCUCCCAGGGUUCAUUCUUCCCAAGAACUCAAAUUCCUUUCUCAUUGGAGCCUAGUGAAACCAAAUGAACGGGGCCUGCUGGCCUCAGGAGGCAGGCAGAGUUUAAAAUAAAACUUUCUCAUGAUUUCUUGAA